GAGAUUUGGGGUGGCCUCUCGCGGUCACGUGACCUGCUGAGUUGCGUCAUGGCGGAGCGCAGGAGACACAAGAAGCGGAUCCAGGAGGUCAGCGAACCUACCAAGGAGGAGAAGGCGGUGGCCAAGUACCUGCGGUUUAACUGCCCCACCAAGUCCACCAACAUGAUGGGGCAUCGGGUCGACUACUUUGUGGCCUCCAAAGCUGUGGACUGUCUCCUCGACUCGAAGUGGGCCAAAGCGAAGAAGGGUGAGGAGGCCUUAUUCACCACCAGAGAAUCGGUCGUGGAUUACUGCAACAGGCUCUUGAAGAAGCAGUUCUUCCACCGAGCUCUGAAAGUGAUGAAGAAGAAGCCAGAGAAGGACCUGAAGAAGGAGAAAGAGAAGGAGAAGGCCAGAAGUGACAGCGGCAAAGAGGAGGAGAAAAAGGGAAAGAAAGAGAAGGAGAAGAAGAAGGAUUCUGAGGCCUUGGACACGAAGAAAGAAAAGGAAAAGAACGACGACAGCCCCGGAUCCCCGAAGAAGAAGAAGGACGUGAAGAAGAAGUUUAAACUGGAACCUCACGAGGACCAGCUGUUUCUGGACGGAAACGAGGUUUACGUUUGGAUUUAUGACCCGGUGCAUUUCAAAACCUUCGCUAUGGGACUGAUACUGGUGAUUGCGGUGAUCGCUGCGACGCUGUUCCCCCUGUGGCCGGCGGAGAUGAGGGUGGGCGUGUAUUACCUGAGUGUGGCGGCCGGCUGCUUCGUCGCCAGCAUCCUGCUUCUCGCCGUCGCACGCUGCAUCCUGUUCCUGAUCAUCUGGCUGGUGACGGGCGGGCGUCAUCACUUCUGGUUCCUGCCGAACCUGACGGCAGACGUGGGCUUCAUCGACUCGUUCCGGCCUCUUUACACGCACGAGUAUAAGGGCCCUCGCAGCAGCGGCAAGAAGAGCUCCGGCGACAAGGCUGACGGCAAAUCUUUGGAAAGCAGCAAAGCGCAGAAAUCCGACAGCGAGGAUAAAUCGGACAGCGAGAAAAAGGAGGAAGAGGAGGAGGACGACGAGGAGGUGGUGAAGGAGACGGAGCGGCAGAAUUCGGACACGGAGGACAGCGAGCGGCGGGAGGACGAGGGGUCACAGCACAGCAACGGGAACGACUUCGAGAUGAUCACCCGCGAGGAGCUGGAGCAGCACACGCAGGACGAGGAGGAGGAGGAGGAGGAAGAGGAGGAGGAGGAAGAGGAGGAGACGAAGUCUUUGACUGUCGAGACGUAAAGCGUCUCCACGCGGACUCGGGUUAACGUCAGGUUUUGGAGAGGCUCCCCAUCACUUUCGCGCUCAGACUGAGAUCUUCCACUACAAAUAUACAAACAGGGUCAAAGGUUAGAAAUGGAGAGCAGGAACGCCUUCGGUGACGAUGCAGAUGUUUCCGCCGCUUCUUUUUGUUUUGCUCUCACUGCUCAGUUUUACUUUCAAAGCCCCGUUAAAAGGAAAGAUGCUGUUUGCGUAGCGUAGCAUCCCGUCUGUCUGUAUCUGUGUUGUUUUUCUGGGUCUGCAGAGGUUCUGGAGAUGUUCUGAAGCCUCACUGUGGGCGUCUGCUGUUCGGAGAGGAUGCAGAAAUGCGAAGUGCUUAAGCUGCCACAGUAAAAUGUUCUGAUAAACCCAGCAUGAUUCUCUUAGGCUGUCGCCGUCGUUUGAGCUAAAUCGGUGCUAGUAUUCACUCGAGUUGGACCAACGUUUUCUUCUUCUACCUUCGUUGCUUUUUUGCAGACGCGUGAACGAACAGACGGCGCUCUGGAGCGAGCAGGUGUGUUUUUUUUAGUGUGCAUUGUAAGUUUGUGAUGUCCGUCUCUCAUUUCGAGCUCUCGUGACCGUACAGACGUAUAGUAUUCAACACUAGUUCGGAUCAGUUCGGUUGAAAUGUUUAGGAAGCUGGUCUUGACGGUUCAGACGAACGAGGAAACUUCAUUAGUGCCAAAAUCCUCCACAGUACGUGUUUUAUUUCUAGCUGGUUCUCUGAGAGAUGCUCUGUCUUGGCUCUAAAAUUCAGAUGUUUACAUGCGGUUUUCUUUCUAGAGCCCCAUCUGAAUAUUCCAAACGGCCGGAUGUGGGGUUUAGACUAAGCGCGCUGCGGAGGAGCUUUUCCGUGCGGUCGAGGACGUCUUUAAUGCUGAAUUGUUCCGUCUGCUCUGCAUCUGCGCUUUUUACCUACCGAUUAAAUUAGCUUUCCGCCAACAUCUGAACUGGAGCGCCAAAGUUUGAGCAGUGUGGUGCGAUGUGGGACGUUCACUCGCUCCCUAAAGACAUUAUUUCAGCUCCUGUGUGUCUAAACGGGGCCAAGGUCCAAUAUCAAUAACAAUAAUUAGAGCGGAGUUCUUUUCUUUUUUACUUUAGUGCUCCUUUUACUCUGAGACGAUGUUUAAAGAGAUUAUUUCUCCAUAUUGACUAUAAAUAUAUCUUGUAUCCACGCUGGGAGUUCACGGGUGAUGAAACGUGCCCUUUGUUUAUUUUGUCUUCUUUUUUCUAAAGGAAACUAUUACACUGAUGCAGCUUUUCAUUUCUCUGGCAUAUUUCUUACCUACGUAGCGCGCCAGCUGACGCACAGGCGUCUGAAAGAUUGCCCGAUGGCGGUUUAGUUGUGUUUUUUGCCGCUGGUCCUCAGAUCCUGCCCUGUAGGUUCAGGUCUUCUAAUCUAAUUUCUGUGUUUUCUGUUUCAUCACACAAAGCAAACAUACGGUCAGUUCGGGCUGAACAAUUUGGGGAAAAUGUAUGAUUUCCUGACCAAUCCUGCGUUUUAAAGCCAGCUCUUGUUUAUGAAUCAGUUUCUAGGCCUGUUUUUUUGGGCCCAGAAGACCUGGACGUCUACGUUUUCCGUCAGACUACUGGAUUGUUGUGACAGAGCUGGGCGUUCAAUGUCUCGAUGCUUCGGGGAGGUUUUUACGAUAUGCCGUGCGUCACAGUGUUGCUUUUUCUUGCAGCUUAUAAGUUGGAACAGAGUGAGAACAUUUCAACACGAAUAGCAAAAACAAUUUCUAUUCAUUUUACACCGCACUGCUAACUAGACCCGCUCGUCAGAUUGCAGCUGAGUUUUUUUAAAGUUGCACACUCAGAUAAGCGUAUUGUGGUGGUGUGGUUGUUGGAGGUGGACGAUCUGGUGGAAAUGUAAUGCGAUGCUUUGACAUUUUCACGAUACAGAAACAAAGCCAGAUCUACAGCUUUAAAAACAGGAUAAACUGAUUUUUAUUCAGUAUUUGGCUCCAAAUCCAGUUAAACGGACUAAUUUUACUUUUUAUAAUAAAAACGUGCAGUGGGUCAGUGUCUACAGCACCAACGAUACUGAUAUAUAUCGUCAUAUUGCCCCGCCCUACGCUGCCCAGCGCUUUUUGUGAUGUCACAUACACAGAACAGGGUUUGGCAGCUUCUGAUUGGUCCGCAGCUCUGUGUUCUUAGGUUAUUGGUUUAAAACGACGCUGCGUUCUGUAAUAAAACCCGAUAUAAAGGCGAAGAAUCGUUCAGCCCGACUGACCCACAGAGGUCAGAGCUUGUCUUGCUGCCGGUCACCUGCUGUAACUGGACGCUCCUGUGGGUGAAGCCGUGUAGGUUAGUCAGUCUGUAGUAUUUUCCUCUGAAAACCUGGUCUGUUUGAUGUAUUCGGCGUAUUUUUCUCCUUUUUCUAUCGAGCUGCUUUCAUCGUUUUCUGUUUCUCCUUAUUCGUCGUCUCUUCGGGGCGACGCGAUGCCGACGUGCCAGUUUCCGUCGGGAGAUCGUCCACAGAAGAAGCUGUUCUCCAGUGUUCGUCAGCCUGUUGUGUAAGAACGUAUUAAUACAUGCGGCGUCGCCUCAUUUCUAAUCAUGAGAAAAAAAACCUGUCCGUCUUUUUUUGUUGUUUUUUUUACCCGUUCAUCUCGUCUUCAGCUACUUAGUCGCGUGUAUUUGGAUGGAUAUUAUCCAGAUAUCGUGAGAACUGUCCUCUGGAGUAUAAUUUAAGUGUCAAAGUUUCCCUGUAUCCUUUCAUUGCAAUAAAACAUAGAAUGCUAA